ACAUGCUGGAAAAUUGGUGAAAAGAGUCAGGUCGUAGCAAAAUGAGUGAUUUGGUAGGUAUCGUUUAUAAUGACUAUCCCAUGGAGAGCGAGGAGGAUUUCAAUAGGCGCAGGAGGGAUCUUGAUAAUAUAUUUUUCAACUGCAGCACAAGGAAAAAUCAGGAACAACAAUUCGAAGCCAAGCGUCCCAUACUAAACUCAUCGAACUACAAUAAGAUAUUCGGAGCAUCUUUGGGAGAUGACAUGGACUUCGAGGACUUUCCCGACCUCAACCAACCACUGCCAAAUAUUUCCAUUCACGAGCAACUGCGUCUGGCUUCCGGGAACCGCGAGAUAAUCGCGAGCAUUCAGCGAAAUCACCAAAAGCGACUCGAAAACCUUUGGCACUCGGAACUAAUAGAAAAACUAGCGCAAGAGUAAAAGCAAUUCUAGUUAGAGAUAGAAGUUGCUUUUGGGUUUUCCUUCAGAGAUUUCUCACAAAAAAUAUUAAAUAAAAUGUAUUGGUAAAGCCCUGAUUACCAUGUAAGUUGUUACC